AACACUUUACCAAGUAGUGACUGCUAUACUUUAAAAUUUAUUAUAUAUAUAUAUAUAUAUGUAGGACUUUGGAUGAAUUUGACUUUUUUUUGUUCUCUUAUACUUAGCCGGUUAUAUGGAAAUAUUGAUUUCUAAAUUAAAAAAAAAAAGAAGAUGUACGUACGUGUAUAGUGCGGGUCGCGAAUAUGUUUAAAAAGCAUGAAUUCCGUGUUCGUCAAGCAUAUUAAGUUUAUAAAAUAAUGAAAGACUUGGAAAUAAAUUUGGAAAAUUAUACCAACGAGCGCCAUCCCACUUCAACUAUCAUUACAAAUUUAACUGCAGAAGAUUAUCAAAAUAUAUUAAAGCAAAAACAAACUAUUUCUUCGGAUCGUAACUCAUCGAGCGGUUGUACUCUACAAGAGUUUUGUUGUUCACAAUCGGCUAAGCCCAAGUUACGUGAUAUUGGAUCAUAUUCAACGUCCACCUCAUUUACGGUAUUAAAUAACGAUUACGAUUCAUCGAUUACAGGCAAACCUAACGCCAUUGUGCACCCUAUCCAACGUACAGAUUAUACGGCAUUGCCGACUAAUAAACAUGUCCGGAAUGGUAAUUUACAUCUUUGGGGCACGCAGAUUGCCUCAGAGCCACAGACCGCAAUCCCAACCACUGCAACCCAAUUUAAUGCAAAUUUCGCUGAAGAGCUCAAUCGAAGAUUGCGUAACUUAAAUAUAAAAACGGGACGGAGCUUGGAAUGGUCUCGUUCAAAAUAUUCAGUUCAAAAUGGCAGCAAUCAAGAGACACUUAACCAGAGACCUUUGUUUAUAACGACUGUACCUCGUGGUAUAUUUCUACCACCACCCAAGGAAGUAUUUCUCAUACCGUCACAACAUAAGAAAAGCCUUUAUGCUUAUUCCUCACAUCCUGUCGUUUAUCAAGCAUCACUUCGUCACCAAAAACAACAUAUUUACAAUACGCACACUGGCGGUACAAAAGUUAAAACUAUCAAUGUAACAACAACAACAACAACGACAGCAGCAGCAUCAACAACAACAACAACAACGGCAAAAGCAAUAUCUAAUUGCUAUAAAACUGUUACUAGUAAAAGUCGCGUAACGCUACCCAAGGGCAGAUUUCAAAAUGUUAAAUACAACAAUAAAGCUGACGAUAUUAAUGGCAGCAAUGGUCGGAAUAGAGAAGACCCGAUUGCAAUAAAUGAUAAAGACAAAGUAAUGACAAUUGCAAUACACAAUAAUAAUAAAAACAACAGCAAUAGUAUACACAAACAAAUAUGCAAAAAUAAUAUGAGGGAAAAAUGUAAUCGUCAAUCGUAUGUCUCAGUGAUUGGUGGUGAUGUUGAUGACAACAUUGGCAUACAUAUAACAAAGCAGCAACAACGGCACCAGCGACAGCAACAGCAAUCAUAUCACACAAAAAGAGAAAUACCUCCAACUGAGCCUUAUAACGAUACCAUAAGUAAGGAAAAUGAAGAUAAAAAUCCACUUACCAAUCCAUUAGCACUUUUGCUAGAUUACAAUCCAUUCGAUAAGGGCGCUGAGUCCAAAAGAAGGCUAAGUUUGCGUAAGCGCUUAGGCUGCCAAAAGAAGCAAAAAAAUUUCUUGACUUCGCAUGGUACGGAUCGUCAACGUCAUAAUACAAAGGAUAAUAAACUUAUAGAAGAAAUAACAACGCGAUCACCUGAAAUCGUUCUAGUCGAUCAAUCAGAGCUUUUCUUGGAGAAACCACCUUUAGCACCAUACGUGCCGUUCAACGUUAGCGUUGAUGCAUCCACUGAAAUUGCCGACGACGAACUCUUCCACUUUGAAGCCGAAGUUCAACCAAUUAUUGAAGUUUUGGUCGAUCACACUAUAGAUUUGAGUGUAAUAGAGGUGGCACAUGAAAAGGAAAUCUCUACUAUACGAAGAAAAAUGGAUGUAUUGUUAGCUCAACGUGAAGUCGAAUUGGCAGAGUUGCGUCGGCUUGAAGCCGAGGAUAUACUUUUAAAAGCCGAAAGAACAAGACGUUUACGACAAGAAGCAAUCGCUAAGACGUUAGACGAAGACAGGCAGCAAGAAGUUAUCGCUGCGAAGCUGCUGCAAGGUCAUAUCGCUAACGUUCUACCAGAAAUUUUGGAUAGUCUCGAGCCAGCCGCCGAUGCAGAUAAAAAGGAAAAACUGAUGAAGAGUCUUUGCCCAUGGCUGUCGGCCGAAGUAGCAACGGAAGUUGGCCAGAUUAUAAAUUCUCGCGAAAUUCUUACAGUUAUAAUUAAAGAAAUUAUCAAGCAGCGCGCCGAGAUCUAUGCUGGCUAUCAGGAAAAACAGCCAAUAACCGAAACAAUAGACGAGGAAGAAUACGAGAUUUGCGAAAUUGAAAGUAACUUAGCGGAAACUGAGUCUAUACAACGUUGUUCCCCACAUAUAUAAUGUUAUUAUGACUCUCGGUCGAAUCUCAUAUGCGGAUAUUUUCAUUUCAUUUUUUUCCACAAUAUAUCUUUCGAGUCUACAUCCAAAUUGCUAAUAGAUUUUAUUUUACAAUUGAUUUUUAUGGAUAAAUGUAUAUAGAUAAAAAUCUUUUAUUGCGAUUCGCUAAGCGAUUCAUAGUGAAUGAUUUUUAUUUGUUUACCUAUUUACCUAUAUAUAUAUACUCUUUGAUAAUAUGCACUAUCAAGAUUAUAAUUAAUUAGUGUAAAUAUUAAAUAUUAUUUAAAUAAAAAUAAAUUCAGAAUGUUUCCAAGAUUGACCUCACAAAAAGUAUGAAUAACUCGAGAAUUAGAUAUAGAUAUAACGCGAUCUAAAAU